AUGGUGACGUACAUGGGCGCUUUGUUCUACGGAGUAGGAGGAAUAGUCGUCGCGGGAGUGGCUCUGCUCGUUGCGUUUCAGGAGAAGCUUGUCUACGUUCCGGUGCUUCCUGGUUUAAGCAAAUCCUAUCCGAUCACACCCGCUAGGCUCAAUCUCAUCUACGAGGAUGUUUGGCUUCGAUCCUCCGAUGGCGUACGACUCCACUCUUGGUUCAUCAAGAUGUUCCCUGAAUGUCGAGGUCCAACCAUUCUAUUUUUCCAGGAGAAUGCCGGAAAUAUUGCUCAUCGUCUGGAGAUGGUUCGCAUCAUGAUACAACGCUUGAAUUGCAAUGUGUUCAUGCUCUCAUAUCGCGGCUAUGGGGAAAGUGAUGGUUCUCCUUCACAGCAAGGAAUCAUAAAAGAUGCUCAGGCUGCAUUGGAUCACCUUUCUCAAAGGACUGACAUUGCUACAUCCAGAAUAGUUGUAUUCGGGAGGUCACUUGGGGGAGCUGUUGGAGCUGUGCUUACCAAAAACAAUCCAGACAAGGUAUCUGCAUUGAUUCUGGAAAAUACUUUCACAUCCAUUCUUGAUAUGGCUGGUGUUUUGCUACCGUUCUUGAAGUGGUUUAUUGGAGGAAGUGGUAGUACAAAGAGCCUGAAAGUUCUUAAUUUUGUUGUACGCUCCCCCUGGAAUACAAUCGAUGCUAUCGCUGAGGUGAAACAACCGGUGCUUUUCCUUUCUGGACUGCUAGAUGAGAUGGUCCCUCCAAUUCACAUGAAAAUGCUGUAUGCGAAAGCGGCUGCGCGUAACUCUCAGUGCACCUUUGUGGAGUUUCCAAGUGGGAUGCAUAUGGACACAUGGCUGUCUGGUGGUGAGGUUUACUGGAAAACAGUCAUGCAGUUCCUUGAAAAACACGCACCUGCGUAA